CCUAGUCCUAGCCCACCACACCACCAUCCUCCCCCUCCAGCCGCACCACAAGUCGCCAGUCAGCAUCGUCUUCCUUCUCCUUCCGCGAGCGAGCGAUCAGGAACAAGAGAAGAGAAGAGAUGGGAGGGUUCGAGCGGCAGGUGAAGCAGCGGACCAUGGAGGUGAAGGUGGCCGUGCUCAAGGGCGUCAAGGUCGUCGGCGACUUCGGCAAGAAGACGUGGAGGAAGGUCAAGACCAUCAAGCGCUGAUCCAUCCAUGAUUCAUCCCAUCCCAUCCCAUCCGAUCGAUCAAUCGAGCCGUGUGUCUUGAUCCGUAUGCUAGAUAGAUAGGCUUGCAUGAUUUUCUUCGGCGGUGCCUGUAAUACUAUUGGUUUUGUUGGAUCUGUUUGAAGUGCCUCCUCGCCUGUUGGGUUUGGUUUGACUCUGUGUAUAUCAUUAUUUUUACUCGAUUUAACUCUGCAA